AUGUCUGUUGUUGCGUUUCUAUUUGAUGCGGGGAUUUUGGAGGGGGGGCAUAGAGGAUUGAGGGGAUUGUUUUUAGCGACGCAGCGAGCGCAUUUUAAGAGCGGGAGUGUGAGGAAGUUGGAAGUUGCUGUGAGGGUUUAUGGAGGGUUAUUGGGGGUUGGGCAGGAGGAGAGGGAGGUGGAGAAGGUGUUGGUGAGGAAGGCGGUGGAGGAUGUGUUGUGGGUUCGUAGGGGAGUGGGGAAGGGUGAGGUGGGGGUUCAGGGGGUGAGGAAGGCCUUGGAGGAGAGAUGGGAGGGUGGUGGUGAAUGA